AUGUUCAGGCCAUCAUUACGAAGGGCACUUCGGAGCGCUCAACCAGCGCUGCGGCGCACGGCCUCGACUGCCCCUCGCGCUCGCUCCAUCCCGUGGGCGGGUAUCGCCCUCGGCGCGGGCGGCAUCCUUGACUCGGCCCAAAACACGCCCAAAGGCAUAUCUUACGACGAAGUACAGAGGCACAAGUCCAAGGACUCGUGCUGGGUCAUUCUGAACGGGGAAGUGUACGACGUGACGACCUUCCUGCCCAACCAUCCCGGCGGGACCUCCUCCAUCCUAGCAGUGGCCGGCACGGAUGCGUCACGGAUCUUCGCGCCAAUCCACCAUCCGGGUGUGCUCAAGACUCUGCCGCCUGAGUGCCACCUGGGUCCCGUGGACCUCUCGACCGUGCCCGCAUCGACGCUGAGUCCCGAAGAAGAGGCAGACGAGAAACGUAUCGCGGCACAGAGGGCGCUGCUCCCCCCGGCGGAGAGUUUCCUCCUGCUGUCCGACUUUGAGGAGUGGGCCCACAAAGUAUUGCCAAGGGCGGCAUGGGCAUACUAUGCCAGUGCGGCCGACUCCGAAUCAGCAUACACCGAGAACAUUGCCAGCUGGUCGCGCUACUUCUUCCGUCCCCGCGUGCUCCGCAAGAUCGACGAGGGAGACUUGAAGACGACAGUGUGCGGGACCGAGAUGGACAUGCCCGUUUUCAUCUGUCCGGCCGCCAUGGCGCGGUUGGGACACCCGCUGGGCGAACUGAACCUCACCCGCGCAGCGGCGAGUCACGGCAUCGUGCAAGCGAUCAGCAUCAAUGCGUCUUGUCCCCUCGACGAGAUCCUGGAAGCGAGGGAGGAGGGCCAGAAAGUUUGGUUCCAGAUCUACCUGAACAAGGAUCGGGAGAGGAGUGUGGAACUCCUGAAAAAGGUGGAGCAGGAAGGUGUGGCUGCUGUCAUUUUCACGGUCGACGUGGCGUGGCAGAGUAAGCGCACCCUGGACCGCAGGGCCAAGACGGCCCUCGAGCCCCCGCCCUCCAACGUGGGCAGCGCGAAGGGCGAGCAGGGGGCUGGUGUUGCCGCCGCGAUCUCUGGAUAUCAGGACACGCAUCUGGUCUGGGACGACAUUGACUUUAUCCGGGGCCUCCAGUCCGUCCCCGACCUCAUCCUCGCCAGCGAGCAUCCCGCCGUCUCCGGGGUGAUCAUCUCGAACCAUGGCGGCCGCAGCGCCGACUACGCCCCUGCGCCGAUUGACGUGCUGACCGAAUUGAGGUGGUACGCCCCCGAGACGUUUGACAAGGUCGACGUCAUGAUCGACGGUGGUGUCCGAUCCGGGGCCGACGUCGUCAAGGCGCUCGCGCUUGGUGCCAAGGCUGUUGGGUUAGGACGGCCGUUCCUGUAUGCUAAUGGGACGCAUGGGCAGGCUGGCGCUGAGCGCGUCUGUGAAAUUCUCGAGGAGGAGAUCACGAACACGAUGCGGAAUUGUGGCGCGGCGACUAUUGACCAGCUCACCCCGAGUCUCGUCGGACCCUAUGGGCCUUGGGUCGGUGGGAACAAGCCCAAGUGGUAUCACCCUUGCGACACAAAGUAG